AUGAGCGCUGAACAGCGGCAAGCCACCGGCGCUAGCAGCAAAUCCAAACGACGAUGGGCCGACCCAGAAGAUGAUGGGAAGGCGAUGGGGGAACCGAAGCGUCAGCGAGUCUCACGGGCUUGCGAUAGUUGCAGGUCAAAAAAGGACAAAUGUGACGGACUACAACCAGUGUGUUCGACUUGUGUAUCCCUCUGCCGACCCUGUACCUACAAGGCCAACCCGAAGAAGCGAGGCCUUCCCACGGGCUACAUUCGAUCGCUGGAGUUGCUUUGGGGGCUGGUGUUCCAAAGGAUCCAAGGUAGCGAAGAUGUGAUGCGCGCGUUGAUGCGAUCAAUCAAUCUUCCGAGUCACUUGGCCGCGAUGGGCAAGGAGACGGAGGGAUCCGAUGCAUUACUAGCUUCAUUCAAAAACAGCACAGUACUCAGAGACAUUGAACGCAUUCUGAUAAUACUGGAACAGCCGGAGGAGGAAAGGGAGCGAAACCUCCAGGCAUAUGGCGAGGGUGACACACCACUAGAUGUGGAAGGGAUUCUUUCUUCCGCUGAGGCACAGGUGUGGCAGAUCCCUGAAGGCAUGGAAUCUCGGGGGACGCCAUUACCAAGAGUAUCACCGACUCGAACAGCGGUGGGCAUCUCGCCUAUGAAAGCUACCGCAUCACACCUGACUACAGACUGUGGUAUUCAAACAAUUACACCAGACGACCAAUCCUCGUCCUCUGUCACUUUACCACCGAAUCCUGAUUACCCUCGAUCGCUCUCCAUGAAAUCCCCUCUCCAACUCCCCUAUAACGCAUGGCCCCUUUUUGAUGUGUAUUUCUCCUACACGCAGUGCUGGUUCCCCAUACUCGAAAAGCAUGACAUACUUCGCACUGCUUUUCAAUAUACCGAAGGCGACGUAUACGUAUCUGGCUUAACCCCCAGGUCUGGGGAGCACGCGGCCUUGUGGGCUGUUCUCACUCUCGCUUCGCUCCAAUAUGCUUCUAUCUCGGUCUCCAGCCAAGCGGAAGAGCACCCUAGUGAUCAGAUGACUCCAUCACAAAUGUAUGUUACUGCCCUGCAGUUGAUUCCGCCUGAGAGUGGCCCACACGAAAUCGGACACGUGCAAGCACUGUUGAUCCUGGCUCUGGUCAAAUUCGGACAACAGGAAUGGACUGGCGCCUGGAUGCUUGUUGGUCAGGCUGUUCGGAUUGCGCAUAUACUAGGUCUCAAUCAACCUUCGUAUUCAUCAUCAUCGAGAACCCCGGAUCAAGAAAAACAGCUCGGUCGAGCAAAACAUGUGUUCCUGGGCUGCUUUGUUCUCGAGACCCUAAUUGCGGAAUCAAUUUCACAAUCCCCAUCGCUUCGGAAGGCAGACUUGGCCAGGAUAGGCUCUGUCAAUGAAGAUGGUCUCGAGGAAUGGCAUCCUUGGGAAGAUCAAACUGGGCUACGGCCCACCCGAUCCUCACGGGCAUCUAUGCAGCGUGGUCCCCUUCACGCGUUGAGCACUUUCAACCACCUGGUCAGUCUCGUGUCCAUUCUGAAUGAUCUAUGCUGUUGCAAGCACGACCCAACGAUAUCUCGAUCACAGCUCGAGCAACUAGAGUUGCAAUUACAGCGCUGGGUAACAGCAUUACCAAAGAGCUAUCGUGUUGAUCUACAAAGUCGCCCAGUGAGACUGGCUUCCCCACAUAUCUUUGGGUUAGAGGUCACAUAUGAAAGUGUUGUCAUUGCUCUCAGCUCUCAAAUUGCCAUUCGUGAAUAUGACCAAAAAAUACUUGAACCACCUCACAAAAUGCGUGCUACAGAAAGCUCGAAAAGGCUGUUGCAAUUGCUUCAAGCCUACAUGGAGACAUACAGCUUUUCAGCCACCGCACCCACCUUCGGUUUGAUGCUUCAAUUUGGCCUUCCGCAUUCCAUUUCCAAGGACCUCCCGUCAGACCUUGAUAUAAGGUUACGAAACAACAUCCACAAUCUUUCUUCCCAGCUUUCUGUGUUAUGGACUAUGCCAGGCCAACAAACCGUGGGUCGAAAUGUACCACAUAGAUCUCAGGUCCUGGGUACUUCUCCUGCGAUCUCACAGCACAUCGAAGCCUCUACCGGUGGAGACAUGGCAAUCCCGUCAUCUCUCUCAAUAGCCACACCUUCACAUCUUCUUCAUGACACACAUGCGACACAUCCGCCCCAAAAUAAUACACAUGCCACAGCUGCCCCAGAAAAUCCAUUCUUCUCCACGCCUUGGCUCAGAACCACACAACAUAUCGAAGAUGCAUCUCUUCUCCGCACGCCGUCAUCUAUAACUUCCGUGGGGGGCGCCUCCGAAUUUCCCCCACAGGCCCACUUGGAUGGUUCUCUGAACAAUGUGCUUCCUCAUCCUACAUCAGGCCCUAGCAAAUCCCAUAAUAGUACCCGGACGCUUGCCGAGCUUUCGCCAUCAUGCCAUCAAGCUGCACAAUACCAUCCAACAGCAUAUCACGACCCAUCGCUCAAUUUGGGCGGCACCUUUGUCGAUAUGGAUAGCUAUGCGCAUUCACGAAGACAGCGGAUUGCUCCUGAUCUCGAUGCAUUAUUUGAUGAGCUGGCGUCAUUAGAUGGCGCGGAAAAAGCCGACAAUCAACCAGAGUUCAUGCAGAACCUAGGUUUUGUCUCUGAUGCGGGCAUUCCUGAGCUCUACUCGUUCUCCGCUCAGAUUGAGCCCUUCUUGCUGGCACAGACCCAGCAGCUACCCAGUAAUAGCAAUCCAUCCGAUAUGCGAGGAGAGGCGCAGCCUGUUAACAUGUCGGAAACCCCCACGCGAUGA